UCCUCCCUCAUCAGUGUCACCGUGUUAUGGUUCCCCCGCGUGUUCAGACCGUUCAGUCUAAGAUACAAACCUUCACGGGAAACCGGGAUUUUCUUCAUAGGUCGGGAAGUUCCAGCAUGCAUUUAACAAACAAACUAGAGCUUUUUCCCGACAAAAGAGUGACUCAAUUGCUUUUCAAGGAGGUCAAAAAUGCAGCAGAGCUCAGACAGUGCGCGGUGGAGGGUAAAAUAAAUGGUGCCUUGAUCAACCCAACGAUGCUGGUGGAUCCUUUCCAAGUGCUGGUAGCUGUCAACAAGGCUGUUAACUUACAGAAAAUUGGGAAAAUGAAGACAAGAAGUUUAUUCUCAGAAAUAAUCUUUAAUCUGUCACCUACUAAUAAUAUCUCCGAGGCGUUCAAAAGGUUUGGGAGCUCUGAUGGCGAUGACUCCGUCCUAGUGGUCUUGGUUCACAACAAAGAUGAGUCCCAGCUUGUGUCAGACAUCACAGCCAGGGUGAGCGGACGCCAGGUUCCAGCGGAAGAGGUUUCCUCGCUGACAGACCAUGCAAAAAUCAAAAAGCUGUACAAAAUCACAGCGCAGGAGGAGAAGUGUGGGACUCUCCUUGACGCAGUUGUAUGCAGAAUGGCCACCAAGGACGUCAUGUAGCUGUGACAAGAAAAAACCCCAGAAAAAGACUCAU